GAUCAAUGGCGUCUCGCACGGGGCGCGAGUUACAGAAAAAUCUCCUUUCCUGUCCAGUGAACGAGAGGACAGGGUUUCGCACUUGCUUUUAGUGCAUUCUGAUUUGGAGUUUACAAUCUCUCACAUUGUCUUCGGGAGUAUACAUGGAUCAGUUUGAAAGAGUGGAGAAGAUCGGCGAGGGCACGUACGGCGUUGUUUACAAAGCCAAGGACCUGAAGUCUCCCGACGGGAGAUUAGUUGCCCUCAAGCGGAUACGAUUGGAUAUGGACUCUGAAGGAUUUCCCAGUACAGCUCUUCGUGAAAUCUCAUUGUUGAGAGAACUGGAUCAUCCGAAUAUAGUUUAUUUGGAGGAUGUGAUCUUCUCAGACAACAAAGUCUACAUGGUGUUUGAGUAUGUGGAUAAUGAUCUUAAAAGAGUGUUUGAUUCUGCUUCAGAUGGUCUAUCCAUUCCAACAGUCAAGAGCUACCUCAAGCAGCUCCUGCAGGCCAUUGCUUACUGUCACUCACAUCGAAUCUUUCAUCGAGAUAUCAAGCCCCAAAAUAUCCUCAUAUCAAAGGAGGGCACAUUGAAACUGGCAGACUUUGGCCUAGCCCGGUGUUUUGGAGUCCCUUUGCGUCAGUUCACUCAUGAAGUUGUGACUCUGUGGUAUCGAGCACCGGAAGUCCUACUUGGGACCCAUAUAUAUUCUACUGCUAUUGACAUCUGGAGCAUUGGCUGUAUUUUUGCUGAAAUGCUUCUGAAAAAAGCUCUGUUUCCUGGAGAUUCAGAGAUCGACCAACUGUUCAGAAUCUUCCGCACCUUGGGAACUCCCGAUGAAGAAGUCUGGCCUGGGGUCACUAGGCUGUCUGAUUUCAAGGCUACUUUUCCAAAAUGGGCACCACAAGACCUUUCCUCAAUCAUUUCUUCCCUUGACAAUGAUGGCCUUGAUCUUCUUAAGAAAAUGCUGCUUUACCAUCCAUCAUCUCGGAUUCGUGCCAAGGAUGCCUUGAGACAUCAAUGGCUAGUCAACCCCAGUCACCUCGACCUCUCUCCCCGUCCAUUGAAACGAAUGAAAAUUUCUUAGGAGGCCUUGAUUGUACCUGAAUGCUUGCUUCAAAACCUGCACCUUAUUAUUUGAUCUCAAAAAUGUCAGAAUUUCAAGCCUCUCAACAUGUUUCUUCAAAUUCUUUUGUGCCAAUUCUGCAACCUGCACUCAGGACCAUGAAUUAGACAUGUUGAGGCUCCAGUGCCACCAUGUGAUCUCUUCUCAACAUGCCAGUCUCGUUGUGGCUUGCAUUUUUGCUCACUCAGAAUUUUCACAAUUUUUUUGCAUAUUGCUCCAUUGCACCAUUGCUCAAUGUAAGAGUUUAUUCUCAGCAUGAGGAAAGACUCUGUUUUAACUGUUUCUUCCUAGUCGG